GCCGGCCAUGACUUGAGAAAGCAUGGCACUGACUGACCCAUUGUCGGGCUAUAUCGACGUACACAUACUUGUAAUAAAGCGCUAGCUCUUUUGUCUCACUCUCAUUGGCUUCGUAGCCGCCGAACCGAACAUAUCGUACCGGAACACCAUGUCCAACAAGCCCGCGUAUAAAGUCGCCGAUCUCACCUUGGCGGAAUGGGGUCGCAAGGAGAUAACCCUGGCUGAGAACGAGAUGCCGGGACUCAUGGCGAUCAGAAAAAAAUAUGGACCGUCAAAGGUGUUGAAGGGUGCACGAAUCGCCGGCUGUCUUCACAUGACCGUACAAACAGCGGUGCUGAUUGAGACUUUAGUAGAACUCGGUGCAGAGGUACAAUGGUCGUCCUGUAAUAUAUUCAGCACCCAGGAUCAUGCGGCAGCAGCUAUAGCGAAAACCGGGGUACCAGUGUAUGCCUGGAAAGGCGAAACCGAUGAAGAAUACAUUUGGUGUAUAGAGCAAACCCUCGUCUUCCAGGACGGUAAGCCACUCAAUCUGAUUCUCGAUGAUGGUGGCGAUCUGACCAAUCUCGUGCAUACCAAGUACCCUCAGUAUCUCGAGGAAUGUCGAGGCAUAUCUGAGGAGACCACCACCGGAGUGCAUAAUCUUUAUCGCAUGAUGAAGGAAGGUAUACUCAAAGUGCCGGCCAUUAAUGUAAACGACUCUGUCACGAAGAGCAAAUUCGAUAACUUGUACGGAUGUAGAGAAUCAUUGAUAGACGGCAUCAAAAGAGCGACCGAUAUCAUGAUCGCUGGCAAAGUAUGCGUGGUGGCGGGAUACGGAGAUGUCGGCAAAGGAUGCGCGCAGAGUCUCAGAGCUUUCGGAGGGCGCGUUAUUAUCACAGAAAUCGAUCCAAUUAAUGCACUUCAAGCAGCUAUGGAAGGAUAUGAGGUGACGACAAUGGACGAGGCGUCUACAAAAGGCCAAAUAUACGUAACCACUACAGGAUGUAAGGAUAUCGUGGUGGGUAGACAUUUUAUGAAUAUGCCGAAUGACGCUAUCGUCUGCAACAUAGGACACUUCGAUUGUGAGAUCGACGUCACAUGGUUAGAGAAGAACGCUGUAGAAAAGAUCAAUAUAAAACCACAAGUGGACAGAUACCGAUUGGAGAACAACAGGCAUAUUAUACUACUCGCGGAGGGUCGUUUGGUGAAUUUAGGAUGCGCGAUGGGCCACCCGAGCUUCGUCAUGAGCAACUCCUUUACAAAUCAAGUGCUUGCGCAGAUCGAACUCUGGACAAAAUCGAACCAAUAUUCGAUUGGCGUGCACAUGUUGCCAAAGAAGCUGGAUGAGGAGGUCGCGGCGUUACAUUUGGAUCAUCUGGGCGUAAAAUUGACGACUUUGACGCCAGAACAAGCCAAAUAUCUAGACGUGCCUGUGGCAGGACCUUACAAACCCGAUCAUUACCGAUAUUAGUAUUUAUUAUUACUAGUACUUACGAUACUAGUGCUUGCGAGAAAACUUGCAAUAAAUCAUCAUAUAAUAAA